AUGAGUAAUGAAAAAUAUGACAGGCAGCUGCGACUAUGGGGACAUGCGGGACAAAUGGCGUUAGCGGAGUCACACGUGGUGGUACUUGGGGCAACUGCAACCGCCGUGGAAAUGCUUAAGAACAUGAUACUACCCGGGCUUGGCUUUUUCACGCUGGUGGACGGCUCGUUUGUAGAUGCAGAUACAUUGGGUAAUAAUUACUUUGUGGAACUGAGCGAUUACGCAGCAAGAAAACCUUUAUCAGAAGUGUUGGUGAAGCGACUGUGUGAAUUGAACCCUCAUAGUAGUGGUACUGCCUGUGUACAAUCCUGUGUCGAGUGGAGCGAUUCGUUUAUUUCAUCCACUUCUGGAGGAAGAGACUUUGUAGGACGUUUCCCUACGCUCAUUGUGGCUACGCCUCGUCUUCCGGCUACCCACCUCCGACGCCUGGCAGAUCAUCUUAAAAGUGCCUCUUUGAGGAGUAUACCGCUUAUGUACGUUCAAACGUGUGGUUUAUCUGGCAUCAUUCAAAUACAGGACCGGGAGCGUCUCGUUGUUCAUGCUGAACCAAAGCAGGAAAUGCGCGUGGCAGACCUUCGCUUAUUCAAUCCAUUUCCUGAGUUGCGCAGUUGGCUCGACGCGCAUGAUCCGAGAGAUGAGGUUUUGUACCGUACCGAUCCCGCUGGCUACGGCCACUUGCCGUGGAUUGCGAUGAUUUAUCAUGCGCUCCAGUGUCUACGUUGUGAUAAGGAGAAUGCGGAAUUUAUACCGUGCAGUAAAGCGGAUUAUGAUACCCUCCGCACUGCUGUGUCAUCACUUCCGUACCUCUCAGACCGUCCUCCUGAUGGAGUCCAUGAAGCAAUGGAGAACUGCCGUAUGAUACUUAACCGCCCAAUGUGCCUCUCUGAAUCUCUUGAACAAUUACUGAGGGAUCCCCGUGCGAACGGUCAUUUUAUUGACUGGAGCGGAGGAUUCCCGGUGAGCGGCGUACCUCCCAUCACCUGGGCUGUGUUGUAUGGUAUCAACAGGUUUAUUGCCGAAAAUAAUGGAGUACCACCAUUUUGCGGGUUUGUUCCAGAUAUUAACACAACAACACAAUGGUACCGAGAGCUUCGUUCCAUUUACAACAACAAGAUGGAGGAUGACUGUUGUGUUGUGCAAGGUUAUGCAAUGGAGGCAAUUAAUGCCUCUAAUGUGAUGGGUGGCAAAUUUACUUCAGAUACCGCAGCAUCAACAGCACUGUUGGUGGGGGAGAAAACAGGGUUGGAAACUGAGGUUAGCGCGUUGACAAGGUCGCUUGUCCAGAAUAUCUGGACGCUGCAGCUAACCACGUUUUCGCCCUCUCUCGAUAUCGACUCUCACGAGUUGCUGCAGCGGGAAUCCUUUGAACGUUAUCUCUCGGAUUGUGUUGAUGCUAGCGAGCAAUUCACUGUAAUGUUGUACGCCGCUUUACUGGGGGCACGCUGCUUUGAGGAAAUGUUUGGAAGAUGGCCUGGCUUAUUGGAUUCCUUAAAUGGUCGCGUGCACUACGGCGACAAGGAUGAUACCCUGUUGUGGAUGAGUGAUGGAGAGGAGUUGAUACGUAUCGUUGGAGAGCGAAUACUAAACGAAAGCGGUAGAAGUGAUAAAGUAGUCGAUGAGUGUCUCAUGAGGAAAGCGUGCAUGGAGGUUGCGCGAUGCGGCUGUGGCGAACCCUUUCCAACGGCAGGUGUUAUGGGUGCGGCGGCAGCACAAGAGUGUAUAAAACUUUUGCAACACCGACGGGUGCCCAUACAGCGGCCGCUCGUUUUCGAUGGUUAUCGCAGUUGCUUCUGGGUUGCAGAGGCUCAAUAA